AUGCGGGGGCACAGAAGGACCGUGUCGCGGGUCCUACAGGGGUACUCCGUGCGCUCGCCCCGCGUUCUCCUCUUGACGACGUUCUUGGUCACCCUCGCAUUGUUUUGGGCGCAUACAUCCGGCACUUUGUCCAGCUUGUCCUUCGUCAACCAGCCUCCCCACGUUGUCACACCUCACCCUAACCUCGCUUAUGCGUACGUGCCCUACACGCCGAAAUCGGUCAACUCCUCGGUCGCCGCCUCCGCAUACGCUCCCGAUGUUAACUCAACCUGGGCGUACUUCCCUGGAUCACUGCCUGGCCCCUUGACGACGUUCUACCACCUCUACCGUCCUGCCACACCACGGCCUGCCUCUAACUCCCUGCGUCCAGUCCGAGCGCACUCGAAGAUCCCUUUGCAGUGUCUCGACACCUGGUAUUCAACGGGCCGCUGGGAUCCAAACUGCUCUCACGGCAUGGCCGACCUGGAGGAGCCUCGGAUCGAUUUCGUCUGGACGUGGGUGAACGGCUCGGAUCCGCUCCAUGCAAGCGCACGUCAUGCGUAUCCACCAUACAGUUUGAACGCCAGCCUUGAGGACGACCCCGGGAAAAUCAAGCCUGCUCUCACGCCACGCUCGCGUUCUUGUCCCGACGAGAGACGGAAAUACGACUCGGGGCUGACUUCCUUUCGCAUUCCAGAAUACCGAGAUCACGGUGAAUUGGUGUACUCGUUAAGAUCGGUUCUGCAUGCCUCAAAAGAUUGGAAGCAGAGUCAAUGGCAUCUUGUCACGAACUCUUACGCCGUCCCCGUUGACGAGCUCUCGUAUUGGAAAACUAUCAAAGAGAUAGAUCUCUCGAGGAAUGACACCACAGAGCAACGUCGGUUCAUUCGGCGGAAACGUGGAAGCGAUGACGAGGAUGACUGGGAAGAGUUGGAGAAGCUGAAGGAGCUGGAGAAGGAGCUGGAGGAGCUGGAGGACUCACUCGAUGAUUACGAGGACGAAGAAGAUGACGAUGACAGCGAAAGCGAGAGCGACGACGGCGACUCCGUCGAAGAGAAGGAUCGCUCUCCCGCUGACCACGGACUGACGUUGGAGGAGAUUGUCCGGACCCAUCGACUGGGUCAAGUGCCGCAGUGGCUUGACUUUGCCGAGCUAAAUAAGGAAGCGGGGACAGAGAGGCAGCUUCGGCUUCACCACGACUCGGAGAUCUUUUUACCGCCGCUGGCCACCGUCCACGGGGGCGACGAAUAUGAACAGAGGACCAAGAUAGAUGCCUGGCGGUCCGAAACUCUCCCAACAUUCGAUAGCAUGGCGGUCGAAUCCCAAAUGGCCAAUUUGGCGCCUGAACUGGUUUCGGAUCAUACCGUCUUUCUCAUGGAUGACACGUUCAUCAUGACCCCUCUUCCUCCAUCAGCAUUUUUCUCCCCCUUGCACGGGCCGGUACUUCGCUUCCAUCCGGAUUUCAACGUACACCCUAUUGAGGCCUGGGAUCCGCUGCCGCCAGGAGACGGUGAAUGGCGCGGACUACGCACCGCAGCGACGCAUCUCUCCCAUCGAUUCGGAUGGCGCGGUCGCCCCUAUGUCGACCACAACGCGCGGUCACUCCCAUUGCCUCUCUACCACGAAGCAUCUAUCGCUUUCCCAGACGUUUGGAGCACCACAGCGAAGGCUCGUUUCCGCGGCGGGGACGAAAGCGCUCCCGAGAGUCAUACGGUCUGGCUCGGCUCGCAGUGGAUCGUCGAGCGACAUCGCGAGGUGCUACUGUGGUCAUGGGUGGUGGCUAAAUGGGGAGGUCACGAGGGCAAGCUGAGCGCGGCACACAAGCAGGCCAUGUGGGAUGAACUGGGCGGCGAAAAUGGCGAAGACCAGCUGGAGCUCAUCUGGAACGUUCGUACCAGUAGGCUCAGCGUGCCCGAGGAGCUCGCUCACACCGGACAACGCCCUCUUACAAGGUCCGAGUACGUUUUUGUCUCGAACGAUGGAUACCCUUGGACACACUGGCCGAGGUGGGCGCGUGAUCACCAGUUCCCGACCACGCACGGCUGGAUCGAUCUUUCGAAACCCGAUCCGGCAGAUGCUCCAGGAACUGUAUGCACUAUUUCGAGAGACACAUGUCUUGGACAAGACGAUGAAUCUGCGGUGGAUCUGUUCCGACGAAUCUUGAAGGAUAGACCAGGGUGCGGCGAUUGUGUUGUUGCCGCGCUGGCGACCGCAUCCGGUACGAGAGGACUGUCGUAUUUUCUACCUCAAGCCUCUGUGUCCAACUCCUAUGCCCAUGACUACAUCUCUGAGCCUGUCCAUCUUCCUUUGACGCUCGACGGUUUCUCGUCCUUCCCUCUACCGUCAAACCCGCGUAACUUCGUUCUACGACUGCUCCAGCGUUAUUCCUACGUGAUUGGGGAGGCACCAUCCGAGUUCUUCGGCGUCUCUUCAUACAAUGAUGCUCGUUCCCGCCUUCGGGGCAUUGACCGGAAUGCGAAGAAGGGCAUCAAGACCGAGAGGGUGUAUGUUUGCAUCAACGACGAUUUGGGCAACGCGCCGGUUUCUGUUCUAGUGAAGGUGGACCGACUACUUCGCAACUGGUGGCAAAAGCACUGGGGGGCACGGCUUGCUCUUGAACUGCCGAGCUAG